AUGGCUGUCCGAUUGCGGUCAGCCAAGCGUCGUUCCAAAACGAAAUUGCGACUCUUGUUCAAGAAUAUCAGCAAAGUCCGCAGUACGCCGCUCUGCAAGAAAGGCGUCAAGACGAGGAGCGAAGGAGGACCGCGCUGCAUCAACGGAUUGCUACUGAGGGGGUUACCGCGGUGCGUCAAAGUCUUGAUGCUGAGGAUAUUCGAGCAAAGCAAGCCGAUAUUGACGCCGACCGAAUCAAGAAAGGGGUGCCUGGUGUAUACCGAGUGUCCAGCAGCAGCAGCAGCUUUCUUGGGGAAGGUGUUUCAACAUCGGACGCAACGACUGCAGAGAAUCGUCCGGACGCGGGGGACGCGAAGGCUGCCAGUCAACUCCAUCUGCAUCGUGGUGGAAAGUCCGGUCGCGUCCACCAGUCCUCUGAUGUGCUACUUGCUUCGGGCGAAAUCGCCGUGGCUCCUCCACGCGGCUAUACCAACGCGCCGGUGCACGAAGAGCAAUUCCUCUCGUUUCUAUCGAUCAGCGGGGCGGGACCGGUGUCUCCAGGUAUAGGUAGAUUGUAAAUCUGGCACAGCUUUUUGUUUCGAUGAUUGUGGUCGUGCUGUACAGGGUAUCACCAGUGCGUAGUUGCGUCGUGCACGACGGUUAUUGUCGACUGUAAAGGAGUGCUGAGCACCAACAUGUCUUACAAGGCCGCAGCUUAUGUCGCGCAGUGGGAGGGUGAACGAGUUGAAAGGGGGGAAAGAAAAACGCCAGAGGGGGGGCAAGGGGAAAAAAUUUUGAUGCAGGGCGGGGCCAAGCCUCUGCGCCGCUUCGUGUUCAAAGUAAGAACGAAGGCGGUGCGCCAUCGCGCCCGUGGUCUCCGUCGUUGUGUGAGUGCGAGGGCCCCGCCCGUAUUGGGCCCGCGUUUCUGACGGCAAGCCCUAGGCACAACAACGCAAAGCGCGGCAGCGGGCGGGCGCCAGUGGGCGGGGGAAGGUAGGAGGCAGGAGCACAGCCCGCGCCAUGCGCGGCUCUGGCGCGUCACGCCCCGCCCGCGCGUCUGCUUUGUGGCCCGUCUGUGACGCCUGCCGGUGCGCCCUGCUCCUUUGCGCGUUGGUGCCCCCCCCGCCCUUCUCCCGCGCGCGGUCUUGCAGGGCCGGUGCUUGUUGGGGCCCCUGUUGCGCGCUUGGGUAGAGUCAGCGAGGACGGGCGCCGGGGCAGGGCAUUCAUUGCUUUCCAGGCGUAGGGGCCCACCGCCCCCCCCCCGCACCCCUGGGCAACAACGGCGCCCCACGCGCUAGCUUGCGCGCAAUCUGUUCCGCCCCCGCCUCCCCUCGCGCGCAGCGAGCGAGCGAGCCUCCAUCCAAGAGAGGCGGGCAGGCAGAGAGGCGGACGGUGGCGCCCUCUCCCAGUCUCCUCGUGAGCAGAGGGGGGGCGCCGGGGGAGGGUGGUGGGCAGCUGCUCGCGUGUGGGCCUGGUGCUGGGGCGCGGGCGGCUGUCCCCUUGGGCCGAUGCUCCGCGGCCCCGCCCCCCGUGCCUCCCGCUUUCCCCGUGCUUCCCGCUUUCCCCGUGCUUCCCGCUUUCCCCGUGCUUCCCGCUUUCCCCGUGCUUCCCGCUUUCCCCGUGCUUUCCGCUUUCCCCAUGCUCCCCACCUUCCCCGUGCUUCCCGGCCGCUUUCGCCGCGCUUCCCGCCUUCCCCGUGCUUUCCAUCCGCUUCCCCCGGGCUUCCCGCGCGCUUUUCCUGUGUUUCCAGUCUUCCCCGUGCUUCCCGUUUUCCCCGUGUUCCCCGCUCCCCCCGUGCCCCCCGCCUUCAAAGCUGCAAAAAUGGGAGAGGCGGUUUGGUUGGAAGGUUGUUGCGAAGUUUAUUUUUGGGCUUGCGAAGUUUAUUUUUGGGCUUGCAAAAUUUUCGGGCGUGCAAAAUAUUUCGACGCGCAAAAUUUUUGGGCUUGCGAAAUAUUUCGAGUUGCAAAAUUUUCCGGCUUGCGAGGUUUUUGGCUGGCAAAAUAUUUUUCGUUGGGAAAUUUUUCGAGUUGUGAAAUGUUUUGCGUUGCGAAAUAUUUUGCGCCGCAAAGUAUUUCGCUUCCUUUGCGACACGUUUCCCGUUGGCCGUUUCCCGCUGGCCGUUUCCCGCUGGCCGUUUCCCGUUGGCCGUUUCCCGUUGGCCGUACGUUUCCCGUUGGCCGUACGUUUCCCGUUGGCCGUUUCCCGUUGGCCGUUUCGUUUCCCGUUGGCCGUUUCCCGUUGGCCGGUUCCCGUUGGCCGGUUCCCGUUGGCCGUUUCCAGUUGGCCGCUUCCCGUUGGCCGCUUCCCGUUGGCCGUUUCCCGUUGGCGAUAGAAUAUUUGAACUUGCAAAAUGUUUGGAGUUGCGAAAUGUUUUGGGUUGAGAAAUGUUUUGCGUUGCAAAAUAUUUGGACUUGCGAAAUAUUCUGAGUCGCAAAAUCUUUGAAGCUACAGAAUCUCUGGAGUCGCGAAAUGUUUUGGGUUGAGAAGUGUUGUGCUGUGCAAAAUGUUUGGACUUGCGGAGUAUUUUUUUUCUGUCGCAAAAUCUCUGGAGCUACAGAAUGUUUGGAGUUGCAAAAUAUUUCGCGAGUUGCGGCUUGGCCGCUGGCCGUUUGCGAUUUGACCGCUGGCCGUUUGCGAUUUGGCCGGUGGCCGUUAACCGUUGGCCGUUUGCGAUUUGGCCGCUAAGCGGCGGCCGUUUGUGAUUUGGCCGCUGGCCAUUGGCCGUUUGCGAUUUGGCCGUUGGCCGUUGGCCAUUGGCCGUGUGCGAUUUGGCCGUUGGCCGUUUGCGAUUUGGCCGGUUGCCGUUGGCCGUUGGGCGGUGAGCGAUUUCGCAAAUCGCGACAGCUUUGGAAAGUUUCAAAACUUUCAAAAAAUUGCCGGCGUGGGCGAUUUUCCUCCCCGUCGCAAAGUUUUAACGCGCGCAGCUCAUUGAGACACUUUUUGCGUUGCAAAAUAUUUGGACUCGCGAAUUAUUUUGAGUCUGUCGCAAAAUCUUUGAAGCUACAGAAUACUUGGCGUCGCGUUGCAAACUAUUUUGCGAGUUGCGGCCUGGCCGCUGGCCGUUUGCGAUAUGACCGCUGGCCGUUGGCCGUUUGCGAUUUGGCCGUUGGCCGUUUGCGAUUUGGCCGUUGGCCGUUUGCGAUUUGGCCGUUAACCGUUGGCCGUUUGCGAUUUGGCCGUUAACCGUUGGCCGUUUGCGAUUUGGCCGUUAACCGUUGGCCGUUGGCCGUUUGCGAUUUGGCCGUUAACCGUUGGCCGUUUGCGAUUUGGCCGUUAACCGUUGGCCGUUGGCCGUUUGCGAUUUGGCCGUUUGCGAUUUGGCCGUUGGCCGUUGGCCGUUUGCGAUUUGGCCGUUGGCCCUUGGCCGUUGGCCGUUUGCGAUUUGGCCGUUGGCCGUUGGCCAUUGGCCGCGUGCGAUUUGGCCGUUGGCCGUUUGCGAUUUGGCCGGCUGCCGUUGGCCGUUGGGCGGUGAGCGGUCUCGCAAAUCGCGACAGCUUUGGAAAGUUUGAACAGUGUCAGUGUCGGCUGUGCUGACGGCACGCAUGGGCAUGCGGAUUCGGCAAGAAAAUUAUGUGCAUCUGUCAGGUCGUGCCGAGGGGCUCACAUCAAAGCUGCAGCUGUCUGCGCCGGGGGAGAGACAUGUCAUGACUCUGGACGAGCAAGCCGGCGGCAUGGGCAGUGACGACCAGGAAUACCACGAGGACACGGACGGAAAAAUCGUGGUGAACGACGGGGCCAGGACGGACGCGAAUCAGGAGGAAUCCACGGCGAAUCAUGCGGCGUUGUCGGUCGGUCCGGCGGAACAGGGAAGCGAGGAUCAGUGAACUUGUGACGGCACGCACAAGAACGAGGAGGGAGGGACUGGAGGGCAAAGGGUUGUAGCUUUCGUGCCUUGUCAGAACAUACUUAAUAUGUUGGAGAAAACUGUAUAAUCGAUCUUAGAUGAACACGUAUGAUUGAAAAACCAAAGACAUAAUGUAAAUUGAAAAACCACUGUGGUCCACACCAGACAAAAUACUCUUGUUGUUUUUUCUUGCCCGAUCAUGUUGUACCACAAGCAUCAAGCAGCCAGAGAGACGACAAAGAAUCUGCAUACUGCAGCGGGUAAAUGAUAAACUUCAACAUAAAUCAAAAUUAAUGUGCAUUAAGCCAAGCCAUCAUGACAAGCUGGUCCCUCUGUACAAGAUAAACAAGAAAGGCUUUUCACAAACGGGACAAACUAGAGAUGCCUGAUUUAUUCUAUUAAUUAUAAAUUUUUGCAUCUUGUUUUCUUUCCAUGCAUGGGAGAAAAUUAAAAUUCUUUCGAAAUCAAGAACGCGAGAUCGAUGUACAAAAAAAUGAAGACGAAAAAUCCGAUAUCGACAAAGUAGUUCGUGUCUUAUUCCAGAAAUGUGUUUGAUGCCACGAGGCUGGAUGCAGCCAGUCCAAGACGAGGAGAAGUUAUAAAUAUGACUCAGUGUUGUAGUUGUUGUAGAAGUUGUUUUCCCAUGGCAUGUACAUGUUCUAUCAUGGUGCUCGUUUUGAUGGUUGGGCGAUCGCAAAAAGAACCGGGAUCAAGCACUGGCAAAGCAGCUUUCAAUUUCUGUUUGAAGUUGAAGAGUAAAACAAGUUACCAAAGAAU